UGACAGCUUUUAAUAUAAGUUGUAUGUAUGUAAACUGGUAGUCUUGCGUUGCCAGACCUAUCUCCACAGUGCUGUGGAGUAAGGAAACUGGCAAUGAUUAUAUUAAUACAGUAUGCCUUUAAGAUGUCAUGUUACACUAAAGGAGGGCCAGUGGGAGGGGUUACACAGGAUUUGAACACUGAACCUUUGCUCCUUGCAUACUUUCGGUUGUCUUUCUUCAUUUCUGAUGUUAACGGUGUGACGUAUAAACAGCUUUGUCCUAAAGUAUGUAGGUACUAGAAGAAGUACUAGGCACUGGAAGCAGGCAGUUCAAGUGGAUAUGUAAACUUUAUUUUGACAGUGUUAGUAUGGGUGUGUUCAAGUACUACAAAGUGGACUUCCUCUUAGUUUGUGCGGGUCUGCUUUUCUUACUACUCGACAUAGUGCUGGAUAUAUAUGCUGUUGUGUCUUUCUACCAGGAAAAGGCUUAUGUGAGCCUCGGUAUCCUGCUGCUGCUUCUCCUGGGCUCGUCCUUUCUUGUUCAGGCCUACAGCUGGCUGUGGUACAGCUACGAGGACUUUGAGAGGCUUACGAAGGUUGAGAAAUGCCUGAGCCAGUGCCAGCUCAAGAUUCUUCAUGUGUUCCAGCUGGGAAUCUACUUCAGGCAUGCAGGUGUCGUGGAGAUGUCUUUACGCAGUUUCUUCUCUAAAAUCAAUAACCCCGAGGGUUUCGCUGUGUACCUGAGUCACGACCUGAGCAUGCUGCGGCUCAUAGAGACGUUUUCAGAGAGCGCCCCUCAGCUCGUCCUCAUGCUCACCAUCAUUAUGCAGCACGGCAAGCUCGAUCCUGUGACAGUGUUGAAGGCCUUUGGGUCAGCCUCAGCCAUUGCCUUCAGUGUGACCAUGUACCACCGCUCCCUGCGCUCCUUCCUGCCCGACAAGGAGAAGCAGCAGAUGAUUUCAUCAGGGGUCUACUUUUUGUGGAACCUGUUUCUUAUCUCAUCUCGCCUCACCGCACUCGCCCUCUUUGCCUCCAUGCUGCCGUGCUUCAUCUUCGCCCACUUCUUUUGCUCUUGGGUGGUUUUAUUCUUCUUCGUCUGGAAAUCCAAAACGGACUUCAUGGAUAGCCCUUGCGGAGAAUGGCUUUAUCGAGCCACCGUGGGCCUCAUUUGGUAUUUCGACUGGUUUAAUGUGGUCGAGGGGAGGACAAGGUACAGGACUAUGCUCUAUCAUGGGUACAUGCUCGUUGACAUUUCACUCCUCUGCAGUUUGUGGUGCUGGAAGAUGAUAACAGAACCGCAUGAUUUUAAAAUUUCACCCGUGUAUGCUGUCAUCACUGCUGUCAGUGUGGUUGCAGUUUACAUCCUUGGUCUCAUAUCAAAAAUGAUAUAUUAUAAAUGCUACCAUCCAAACCUUGCUAAAGGCGAGUUGAAAGGGGACGCCACUACAAUGUUCAAUGCUGGACAGGGACCUACUAGGAUGAGCACAUUUGCUGGAGAUGAGACAGACUUUCCUGUGUGCCAACUCAGUGUUAGACAUCUAGACAUAGAUGUAGAUGAAGACGUUACAUCUCGCAGCGGACCCAGCCCACCAGCACCCGACAUCAAACGCUGCAAUAAAAGAAUGAGGAAGUUGGCCGAAAACUUCUACUCCUGACCUGCAUCACUUGACAUCCACCAGACACGAAACGUUAGACUGAGUCAUGCAGACCUAACCAGCCUUAUCAAUCAAGAUCAUGGGUUUUUUUGGGACAGGAGUGUGACCUGCUUCCUGAUUAUCCACGGAUUCAACCUCAUGGGUUCAACUUAGGUUCAAGUCAAGACUGCUGUAUUCUCCUAAGUACUGUCUGUAAUAGGUGUAUUAACUGUGUACCAAUGCACAUGAAGCUGCCAAUCAUUAUUACCUCUGAGUCUGCCAAGUUUUCGGUUCAGUUUGCCCGUUUGUUGCCAGUUUGUCUGUCAGCAGGAUUACGGGAAAAACUACUAGCCCGAAUUUCAUAAAACAUGGUGGAAGGGUGUAGAAUGGGCAAAGGAACAACCCAUUCAAUUUUGGAGCGAAUCCGAAUCAUGUGGCGGAUACACAAAAGACUUUUUGACUUUCUUUAAGACUGUGGCAUUUGUUCAUUCACUGCAUUCAUGUCUUGUAGCAAAAAUGAGUUCCCGACUGAGAGAAUUCGCACUGCAUUAACAUUGUGAGAUAGUGCAUGAUUUGGUGGAGUUCUGCACCCUCCGCUUGCCAUUGAAGUUUAAUCAGUUUUAAUUAUAAAUAUUAUUAUUAACGGAUGCACUCAUGUUCUUCCUGUAUGGCAACAUACCUCGACAAGAACCAGAUUAGAGAAUAUAUUUAUACCUGAUGGCUUGUUAAUAUGUAAUUGUACCUUUUUUUUAAGUGGACAUAUGCUUUUCUGUAUUUUCUGUCAUAUCUACAAUGUUAUCGGAUUUUCAAAUAAUGAGGUAAAUGUAUUUUAGACAAAUCCUCGUGAGCUAAAACAUUCAGAUUUCCAACUGUUCUGAACGCUCCGGUUUCAACAGAUUUUUCUACUCUGGGCUGAGUGUUAUGCUAGACCAAAGACAUUAAAGAACAUGAAGCCUUGGCUGCACUUCAUGCUGUCAGCAUUACUGAUAUU